AUGCUAAUUGCAAGUGGACAGGAUAGUGAAAAUCAAAUAUAUCCUGUAGCUUGGGUAGUCGUUGACUCCAAGAAUGAACUUUCUUGGACUUGUUUUUUGUGCCAAUUAGUAAAUGUUGCGCCAAAUACAUCUGAGUUGUCCAUCAUAUCAGACAGAAAUCCAAGCACAAAGAAAGCAGUUGCUAUAGUUUACAAUCAAGCUCAUCAUGGAGUAUGUACAAGGCACCUUGGUGAAAAUAUUCAUACAAACUAUCAUGUUGGUUCUUCAUUCCUUAGUUUAUACUAUCUUGCAGCAAAAGCAUAUCGAAUUGAAGAAUUCAAUGAGUAUUUAGAAGAAAUUCGACGGAAAGGGUAUGGUAAUGUUGUUAAGUACCUCAAGAAUGUUAUUGGUUUCAAGCGAUGGAGUAGAGCUCAUUUUCCUGGACACAGGUAUGAUGUCAUGACCACCAAUAUUGCAGAGUCUGUUAAUGCUAGACUUGUAACAGAAAGAGAACUUCUCAUCAUUGCUUUAAUGCAAUUCAAAGCUCCAGCAGCAAAUGCUUUAGUGAGAGAAACUAGACGUGAAAUAGCAGACAAAUUAUAUGUACACCAACUUCAUGUGAAUGAGUUUAUUGUUCAAGGGGAUGGUCAAGAUGCAAGAGUUAACGUUAAUGCCAAAACAUCCACUUGUAGGGUGUGGGAUCUUCAGCAAUUGCCUUGUACUCAUGCAUUAGCAUCACUCAGAGCUCAACGAUUACCAAACUAUGGUGAAAGAGUUUACAAUGUAUGUUCACCAUAUUAUUCAGCAGACUUCCACAAGUUGGCUUAUUCAGAAAUUAUAAAUCCUGUUCCUCUAGAAGAGCAAUGA